GAGAAAAUGUUGUGGAACUGCGUAACUAAACCAUUAUUUGGAUUAACACUAAAACAGAGUGUACGAAGAUACUUUAAACCCAAACAGAAGGAAGCAUUUUUUGAUGUGGAAGGUGUUGUUAACAAGGAUAUCACGCUUUUUAGAUAUGAGGAUUUGAAGAAGGUAAGACUGAAGAAUAUGCUUGGAAUGAGUAUGCUGCCACUCUGGGCAUACUUGGGUUACUUUGCGUUUACAUUAAGGAGUAAAUUAGAGCCUUUUCGUGAAGAAGUGAAUAAUAAUGUUAGAUAUAACUUCCUACUCGAUAAUGUUACAAAGGCAAGUGUGGGUGUUGGGGCUGGAUUUUUCUUGUUUGGUGCAGGUUUAACAUCUUACUGGAUGCUUAGAACUAUGAAUACAGUCAGGAAACUUGUCUUAAGAAAAGGUGGAAAGUAUGUUGGUAUUCAAACCUAUGGUCUUCUAGGGAAGAAUGAUGGGUUUAUGAAUGUCCCUGUGGUUCACUGUAGCGGGAUUCAGCAUAAAUUUUACGGAAAACAUCGAUUCUUUCUCAAGGUUCGAGAUCACAGUUUUAAAUAUUCCUUUAACCUCGAGGACGGAAUAUUCAGCAACCGACCUCUAUUCGAUCGAACCGUCGGCAUCUCAAGAACUAUUUGAUCAGACCUGAUCAAUCAUAACUCAAUCCUGCAAAAAUAAAGAAUACUUGCAAUGUUAUUCAUACAGAUGAACCCGAUGUAAUUAGAUUUUGUUUGAAAAUGAUAAUUCCAGAAAAA